AUGUCAAAUGAUGGGAAACAUCAAUCGAUACCGCAUAGUUUAAAAUCAAAUUGCAAAAAAAUAAAUAAUCAAAAUAGCAUCAAAAGUUUCCUAAUGUUACCGAAACAUAAAAAGCUUACAUCGGUUUCAUCGUCAGAUUCGAUCGAAACAGUAUCAUCCGUUUCACCGUUCACACCAACACCGAUACAAUCUCAGUAUGCUAAUCUUAAAAACGAAGAAUCUACCUGUGAUGCUAUCAAUUCUCAAAAAACCGAACAGAUGACAUCAUCAUUGUAUAAGAAUCAACAGGAUGCUAUAACUGUCAACUCAAUGAAAACGGAUGCAAAUAGUUCUGAGAAAAAGCUUAUCGAUUUCAAAGAUCAGAUUGAAAUUCAACAAGCACUGAAACAGUUGGAUGAUGCAUUGGAUGAGCAAAUUGCCAUUGAAACUUCUCUAACUUCUUCAAAUCCAGAAAAAUGCAAUGUUGAAAUGUUUGAAGAGAAGACUGAAACAACGAAACUAAAAGAUAAUAAGAAAUCAGUGAAACAAUUAGUUGAAAUACUUGAUUCAAAGCAAUUACAGUUUAAAAUGCGAAAUAUGCCAUCAAAAUUACAUUCAACUAUAAUCAAUCAGGAUUCCGAUUUCACAACUGAUAACGAAGGUAACACGAAGGCAAAAGCUUCAUUAUGCAUAUCUGAUCCGGAAAUCACAUCAAAACCAUCACUUAUUGGUGUCAAUAUUUUUGGUCUUAAUUAUGGCAAAUCAAUAGCUGAAAUUAUUGCUGAGAAACGAAAUUAUGAAAAUUAUUCACUUCAUAAGCGUCCACCAGCAUCACCAAAACCGGUAUUGAAGAAAUCACUUCCAACUCCAAAACCGAGCACUUCGGAUGAGAGAGAACAAAAAUGGCUUCUUCCAUCAUCAUCAAAUCAAGUAGUAACUCAUCCAUCUGAUAUAUCAUUAGCUGAUAAUCGAAAAGAAAAUAUUAUCAUAACUGUGGAUAAGAACUCAAAAAUUCAAUCGAAACAACAGAAAAUAUCAAAUUCUGAAAUGCUAUCAACAAUUAUUAAAAUUGAUGAUAUACAAUCCACUACAAAUUUUCAAUCAAUAACAACAACAACAACAACAACUAAUGCUACUACUCCUAUAACAACAACAACAACGGUUGAUUUUACUUCAAAAGAUUUAAAUCAACAAUGUUUACCUGAAGUGCAGUAUUCGACAGCAAAUCAUAUUUAUGAAAAUUUAAAUCAAAAUGGUAAUGAGAGAUACUUGGAAACAUCCUUUAACGGACCAAUUGCAAUGACAGUAAUUAGUGAAAGCAAAAAUGGUACAACAAAAUCAGCGAACGAAGAUUCUUCACAUAUAUUUCAUCAUCAUCAGCAACAACAACAACAACAACAACAACAACAACAACAACAACAACAACAACAACAACAACAACAACAACAACAACAGCAACAGCAACAACAACAAAAGGAAUCUGUUAUUGAUAAAGGAAAAUUUUUUGCUGAUAAUACUUCAACCGCUUUAUCACACGUUACUUGUAAUCAUAAUGAUAAUGUAAAAUGGCGAAGCGAUCCUAAAAGACAAGCAAAUUUAGAUGUAUCGAAAUUAGAAAAUGAUCGAAAUUCAGAACCAGUACCACCACAACGUACGUGUUUUAAGCGCAAUAGCUACGGUUCCGUUUCGGAUAAAAGAAUAAUGCAGCGUAGUACUUCAAUGUUUUCCACUUCAACUAACAAAGAAUCGAAUGACAUUACAAACAAAUCAAUCUCUAACAUUAUUCAUCAACAUCCUCCUACAUCCAUUAAUCGAUCAUCAUCAUUGUCUAUUCCGGAAACAACACGAAUUAUAAUACGUCCUAAACCGGCACCACGACAAAUUGAUUGCAUGAAAAGAGCGACAGUCACUACUGAUAUUCCUGAGGUUUAUGUUUAUCCUUCAUGUUUAAUAAUUUAA